GAAUAUGGUUUUCAUAGGUUCUAUUUUCUCUGCUUCAAUUGAUUUGCAAUAAUAGAUUAUUUGAAUACUUUUAUCCACCUCGAAUGGGACGCGCUCGGAUACCUUUCUGCGCUUCGAUGUAAUGCGUUGGGAUCGAUUGCUCUUUGCUUUGCUGUCGUCGCUUUCUCUUCACUUGGCAUAUCGUCACCAAACGCUGCUGUGUUUCUUGAUCGUGCUUGGAUAGCUACUUAUUGUUCUUUAAGGCUCAUAAGGUGGCUUCACUUGAACAUCACCGAAUCCCACAAUGUUUGCCCACGCUUAUGAGGUCCUUAUUGAUCCUGAGAAGCAUGAGACAUAUGAUCAGUAUGGGGAGGACGCAUUCAAGGAAUAAAUGGGUGGCGGCGAUGACCCGUUUGGCAUCUUUUCGUCUUUCUUCGGUGGGUCAUCAUUUGGUGACGGCAGCAGGGGACAAAGGCAGAGACAGAGACAGACACGGGGUGAGGACGUAGUUCAUCCAUUGAAAGACCACAUCCUCGAAAUGGUCUACCCUACAUAUGUUAAGCAUGUGGCCCAGGUUGGUUGGGAUGGCCCUUCUGGUAAUGCUCCCAGUUGGGUGUGUUGUUCAAAACAUGAAUGUGAUAUGAAUAUAAUCGCUGUCUGUAAAAAGAUUAUAUUACAAUUACAUAGACUUCAAUCUACACUUGGCAUGGCUUCAAAUUCAUAGAAUAAAUUUGAAUA